CAACCGGCUUCCGUAAGAAAGCAGAACGUGUGCACUUUCAGUGUUGCUGAAUGUAUUAAUUUUCUUGUUGCUCUUGGGAUGUGAAGUAUACACGAAGGGGUUGUUUUUAAAUCACCAUUAUUCUGGAUUUGAUUCACCAUGAAAACCCGAUUCACCACGGUGGAUAUCCGGGCAGUUAUUGCCGAAAUCAAUGCCAAUUACAUUGGCAUGAGGGUAAACAACGUGUAUGACAUCGACACUAAGACGUAUCUCAUCCGUCUGCAGAAGUAAGAACAUAAGACCGGACAGCAAAGCUGUUCUCCUGAUUGAGUCUGGCACUCGCAUCCACUCCACAGACUUUGAAUGGCCCAAGAACAUGAUGCCUUCAGGCUUUGCUAUGAAAUGCAGAAAACAUCUAAAGACCCGCCGGCUUACCCAGGUUAAGCAGCUUGGGAUCGACAGAAUCGUGGACAUCCAGUUUGGUUCGGAUGAGGCUGCCUACCACUUGAUCAUUGAACUUUACGACAGGGGUAACAUCAUCCUUGCAGAUCACGAGUACACAAUCCUGAAUCUGUUGAGGUUCCGAACCGCAGAAGCAGAAGAUGUUAAGAUUGCUGUGAGGGAGAGGUACCCAGUGGAGAGCGCCAGACCACCGGAGCCCCUCAUCAGUCUUGAGAAACUCACUGACAUCCUGAGCAAAGCACCAAAUGGAGAGCAAGUGAAACGAGUCCUGAACCCUCAUCUGCCUUACGGAGCCACUCUGAUCGAACACAGUCUUAUAGAAGCAGGACUGCCGGGUUCGCUCAAAGUCGACAGCCAAGCUGAUGUUGCUGAAGUUGCCUGUGAAAUCCUGAAAGCCUUGCAGAUGGCAGAAACCUACAUGGAAAUAACGGAAAGAUUCAGCGGCAAAGGUUACAUCAUCCAGAAGAGUGAGAAGAAACCAAGUUUGACUCCGGGCAAACCCGGUGAAGAUCUCCUGACAUACGAUGAAUUCCACCCGUUUCUCUUCUCUCAGCAUGCAAAGAGCCCCUAUAUGGAGUUUGAAAACUUUAACAAGGCAGUGGAUGAGUUCUUUUCAAAGAUGGAGAGCCAGAAGAUUGACAUGAAGGCCUUGCAGCAGGAGAAACAUGCACUGAAGAAGCUGGAGAAUGUUAAGAGGGACCACGAGCAGAGGCUGGAGGCGUUGCACCAAUCACAGGAGGUGGACAGAAUAAAAGGGGAGCUGGUGGAGAUGAAUCUGCCUGUGGUGGAGAGGGCUCUGCAGGUGGUGUGCAGCGCGUUAGCCAACCAGGUGGACUGGACUGAAAUCGGCACUAUUGUUAAGGAAGCACAAGCUGCUGGGGACCCCGUGGCCUGCGUCAUCAAGGAGCUGAAGCUGCAGACCAACCACAUCACCAUGCUUUUAACAAAUCCAUACAUUUCUGAGGAGGACCACGAAGAGGAAGAGAAAAAAGGUUCCAUCGAUGAGAAAGGGAAGAAAAACAAGACUAAAGAGAAAGGGCAGAGCAGGAAGCUGCAGAGGAACAAGCCCAUGUUGGUGGAUUUGGAUCUGGGCUUGUCAGCUUAUGCCAACGCUAAAAAGUACUAUGACCACAAACGCACUGCAGAAAAAAAGGAACAGAAAACCAUUGAGGCAGCAGACAAGGCUAUGAAAUCAGCUGAGAAAAAAACACAUCAGACACUGAAGGAGGUCCAGACCGUCACCACUAUUCAGAAAGCCAGAAAGGUGUACUGGUUUGAGAAGUUCCUGUGGUUCAUCAGCUCCGAGAACUAUCUCGUCAUCGCAGGAAGGGAUCAGCAGCAGAACGAGAUGAUUGUUAAACGCUACCUCCGGGCAGGUGACCUUUAUGUUCACGCUGACCUCCAUGGAGCAACUAGUUGUGUCAUCAAAAACCCUUCAGGCGACCCCAUCCCCCCUCGGACCCUGACAGAAGCUGGCACCAUGGCUGUGUGUUACAGCGCUGCGUGGGAUGCCAAGAUCAUCACCAGUGCUUGGUGGGUCCAUCAUCAUCAGGUGUCUAAAACGGCUCCAACUGGAGAGUAUCUAACCACCGGAAGUUUCAUGAUCAGAGGGAAGAAAAAUUUCCUCCCUCCGUCCUACCUGAUCAUGGGUUUUGGUUUCCUCUUCAAGGUGGACGAGCAGUGUGUGUUUCGUCACAGAGGGGAACGAAAGGUAAAAACGGUAGAAGAAGACAUGGAGGAGGUCACAUCCAGAACGUCUGAGCUGUUGGAGGAGGGAGAGGAGCUGAUAGGAGACAGUGGUGAUGAAGAUCGGGGUGAAGGAGGAGCAGAAGAUGGAGAGAGCAGAGUGAUAAAGGAGGACUCUGGAACGAGCGGAGACGCACCCGCUGCCGCAGACGAAGGAGAGUCGGAGUCGGAGCACAGUGACACAGAGGAGAUCAGAGAAGAGGAAGAAUUCAGCUUCCCAGAUACAACCAUCUCCCUUUCUCAUUUACAGCCGAGCCGGAUUGCUCAAACCCCUGACUUCAGAAAAGAAACAACAACUCAGGAGGAAACGGAUUCCCAAGGAAAAAAACACUUAAGUGCCAAACAGAGAAGGGAAGACAAGAAGAAAAAGCAGAAACAUGGAGAUGACAUCACAGAGGAGAAGAGUGAUGUUUCAUUUGGAGGAUCAGCUGUGGAUCAGGGGGCCAGAGGUGGAGGAGGCCCCUCGCAACCCCCUCUGAAGAGAGGCCAGAAGAACAAGCUGAAGAAGAUCAAAGAGAAGUACAAAGACCAGGAUGAGGAGGACAGAGAGCUGAUGAUGCAGCUGCUUGGGUCUGCUGGUUCCUCCAAGGAGAAAGAGAAAGGGAAGAAAGGGAAGAAGGGGAAAGGAAAAGAGGAGCCUGUUAGGAAACCAGCCCCUCAGAAACCACAGCAGAAACCACAGAGUGUGGCUGAAAGCAGAACAGGAGAGGAGGAGAGGCAGCCUGGAGAGGAAGGAGGUGCAGCUGAACAGGAGGACAAGGAAGAUGAGGUGGAUCAGGACAACCCCGGAGCAGAGGAAGCAGAGAAUCUGCUCACAUCUCUGACCGGCCAGCCUCACCCUGAGGACGUGCUUCUGUUCGCCGUGCCGGUCUGCGCGCCGUACACCGCCCUCUCCAACUACAAAUACAAAGUGAAGCUGACUCCAGGCUCUCAGAAAAAAGGGAAAGCUGCGCGAACGGCACUGUUGAACUUUACAAAAGCCAGAGAGGCCUCAUCCAGAGAGAAGGACCUGUUUCGCAGCGUCAAGGAUGCAGACUUGUCCAGAAACAUGCCGGGGAAGGUUAAAGUCUCCGCCCCCAACCUCCUGGCUGCCAAGAAGAAGUGACUGCACAUGCAGAACAUUUCCACCAGCAGAUUAAACACCUUCAAUCACCUAAAUUAAAACUCUUCAAUUGUAAAGAUCGGUUUCAUUUGCUGAAAUGUAAAUUUAAAAAAAAGCUGCAAAGAAAGUUGUUCAUGGAUUUUAAUUAUUUGAACAUAAAGUAGGUGUAACAGUACGUUUUGUAA